GAGGAAUACAAUCGUGAACUUGCUUGCGUGCGAUGUGGAAACUGUGGAAAUAUUUUGAGACUCGCGCAUAAUUGGAGCACCGCUUUUUCAAUUUGCCUUCUUUGAGUGUUGAUAAGGAGCAAGAGAAUAUGAGGAUUAUGCUGUAGAAGUGCAUAGUAGAAAACAGAAGUCAAAUUAAUGGUUUUACGCGACCGUCAUAGUCUGCAGCAAUGACACCAGAACAAUUCAGAGGGCUGCUCAAGCAAUGGGACAGGGUCGGAAGGAGUGACUUCUUACAGUACCUGAAGAACAUCAUCCCUAAUCAGGAUGAAACACUUCUUGGCACAGUGGGCUCUUCAGAAGAUGUACACAUGUGUCUGUACCGGCUGAUCCAGGCUGGCGCCGACGGCGUUCUGAAGAAGGAGAGCGUCGCCAAGACGCUGUCAGAGGCUGUGACGCUCCACCCCGACCUCCCAGCGGCAGUGGUUGACAUUUUCGGCAUGCUCGAUGUCGAAAUCACCGCGACCGAUGAUCCCAAAAGUAAAGAAAGGUUCUACUGGAUCAUCAAAUCCGUCGAAGGAGCCGUGUCCAACCAACUACUGCGAGAGCGGAUGGAGGUCGAGAGCUUCCCGCACAUCGGCGUCGUCAAAAACCCCAAGGCCUUCAACUCAAAGUUCAUCAAACUCAAAACAAAGCUUUACUACAAGCAGCGCAAGUUCAACUUGUUCCGGGAGGAGAGUGAGGGUUACGCCAAGCUGCUAGUAGAGCUGAACCAGGACCAAUCCAGCUCCUCGCCAGAACACAUGCUCGAAGUCAUCAAAGCCAUCAUCGGCUGUUUCAACCUGGACCCGAACCGAGUGCUGGACGUGCUGCUGUCGUCGCUGGAGGCGCGGCCGGACCGGCACAACUUCCUGGUGCCGCUGCUGCGCCUGUACAUGCCGUCUGCGGAGACGGUCAGCGAGGUGGUGGGCGCGCGCUACGGCUUCUGCCAGCCGCAGCCGGGCCAGGACGAGACGGAGGCCGAGACGCCGCGCUCGCUGCACGUGAUGACGGCGCUGCUGCUGCGGCACGGCGUCAUCCGGCUGGAGCACAUCUGGCCCUGGCUGCUACCUGCGGACUCUGCGAUCGAGGCGCAGCACCGGCGCCUGAUGGCGGCCGCCGCAGAGUACCAGCGGCGCACCUUCGUCGUCUCCACCAAGGACAAGGAGGAGGCGCCGCGGGACGAGACGCCGACGCUCUCGCCGAUAUCCCAGACUCAGAAGCUGGGUCUGUGCGAGGCGGUGCUGUCGAUCGGCGACUGGCCGACAGCGCAGGCCAUCCUGGCCCGCUUCCCGGACUUUUGUCUGAUGGUGCACCCGGAGCUGGCGGCGGCCGCCUGUCGCCUGCUCUCCGUCCGCCUGGACCCCAUCUACCGACGGUUCAGCGGUAUGGCGGCGGCGCUGCGGCCGGCUCCGGUCUCUCUCCCGCCGCUGGUCGAGGCGCGGCCCGACAGUGAGCUGACCAGUGUGCGCUCAGAGGUGGCCCCUCUGCUCUCCGUGAUCGGACCGUACCUGUCGUCAGACGUGACACUGGUGUACCGCGUGCUGCGCGUGGCACGGACUGCCCACCAGCUGCGUCUGAAGGAGGCGGACCCGGACGCGCCGGAGACGCGCGAGGCGUUCCUCUUCUACGACGUGCUUACCAUGCUGGAGGAGGCGGUGCUGCCAUGUCUGGUGCUGCUCGAGGCCAACUGCUGCCUGGCGGAGGAGAUUUGGACCGUGCUCGCCUACUACCCCUACCAGCACAGGUAUCGCCUGUACGGAACGUGGAAGAACGAGAGUCACAACCAGCAUCCGCAGCUCAUCAGGAAGCGGGCAGAUCUCAUCAAGAUGUCCAAGUCGCUGAUGAAGCGCAUCAGCAAGGAGAACGUCAAGCCGCUCGGCAGGCUCAUGGGCAAGCUGACGCACAACGCGCCCGGCUACAUGUUUGAAUACAUGCUGGGCCAGAUUCAGAUCUACGACAACCUGAUCGGGCCGAUGGUGGACUCGCUGAAGUACAUCACCAAUCUGUCGUACGACGUGCUGGGCUACUGCAUCAUCGAGGCGCUGGCCAACCCGGAAAAGGACCGCACCAAACACGACGGUACCUCGCUGUCACUGUGGCUCACGUCGCUCGCAAACUUCUGCGGGUUCAUGUUCAAAAAGUACAACCUGGACCUGACGGGGCUCAUGCAGUACGUCGCCAACCAGCUCAAGUCGAUGAAGAGUCUGGACCUGCUGAUCCUGCGGGAAGUGGUCCAGAAGAUGGCCGGCGUCGAGGCCGUCGAGGACAUGACUGAGGAGCAGCUGUCGGCUAUGGCCGGUGGGGAGCUGCUCAGAGCUGAGGCCGGUUUCUUCAACCAGGUUCGGAACACAAAGAAGUCGUCCCAGCGUCUCAAGGACAGCCUCAUCGACAACGGCCUGAUGGUGCCGAUGGUGCUACUCAUGGCCCAGCAGCGGCACUGCGUCGUCUUCAAGGAGACCGAGGGCUCGCACCUGAAACUCGUCGGCAAACUGUAUGAUCAGUGCCAGGACACGAUGGUGCAGUUCGGCAUGUUCCUGGCGUCGGCGCUCAGCAUCGACGACUACCGCCAGAGACUGCCGGCCUUCGACAGUCUGCUGUCGGAGUUCCACAUCAGCCCCGACGUGGCCUUCUUCCUGGCCCGACCCAUGUUCACUCAUGCCAUCCAGCAACGCUACGACGAGCUGCGGAAAGCCGAGAAGAACCACAAGUCGCUGUCGGUGGAGCAGAAGCGCGAGAAGUACCUGCAGGCCAGCGAGCAGGUACUGGCGCCCGUAGUCACCGCCGUGGUGCCCGUGUUCCCGGCCAAAACCUGGGACGACAUCAGCGCCGAGUUCUUCACGUCGUUCUGGUCGCUGACGCUGAGCGACUUGCGCGUGCCGUCCGAGAGCUAUGAGAAGGAGGUCCGACGGCUGAAACAGCAGGUCACCCAGCUGGCCGACAACAGGGACCUGACGGAGAGUAAGCGUAAGAAGGAGCAGGAGCGGUGCCAGGUGCUGAUCGAUAAACUGCACGAGGAGGAGAAACGCCAGAAGGAGCACGUCGACCGCGUGCUGGCCAGACUCAAAAAGGAGAAGGACUCGUGGUUCGAGCCACGCCAGGCCAAGUCGGCCAAGACGGAGACGAUGACACAGUUCGUGCAGAUGUGUCUGUUCCCGCGCUGCGUCUUCACCUCCAUGGACGCGCUCUACUGCGCCGAGUUUGUGCGCACGCUGCACAGCCUGAAGACGCCCAACUUCUCCACGCUCAUCUGCUACGACAGGCUGUUCUGCAACAUCACCUACACGUUCACGUCGUGCACGGAGAACGAGGCGUCCCGCUACGGUCGCUUCCUGUGCGCCCUGCUCGAGACAGUGAUGCACUGGCACGGCUCCAAAGAGGUGUUCGAGCGCGAGUGCGCCUUCUUCCCGGGUUUCGUCACCAAGUUCCGCGUGUCCAACAAACAGAACGAGCGCAGCGACCAUGUCGACUACGAGAACUACCGCCAUGUCUGCUUCAAGUGGUUCUACAAAAUCACCAAGGCGAUCGUGACCUGCCUGGACAGCCGCGAGUACGUGCAGAUCCGGAACGCGCUCAAGAUCCUCAUCAAGAUCCUGCCGUGCUACCCGGUGCUCAGCCACGUGGCCAACAUCGUCGAGAAGAAGGUUGAGUCGGUGAUCCAGGCCGAGAAGAACAAGCGCCAGGACCUGGCCAUCAUGGCCACCAGCUAUGCGGGCCUGCUGCGCGCCCGCAAACACACCUACAUCCCCGAGAAGGACUUCCACACGGUCGACAAGAGCAAGAAGGCCGCUCCGCCGGCGGCCGCCGCUGCUCCGGCCACCAAGGAGGCGACCAAGUCGACCAAGGGAGGGGAGGCGGCGCCUGCCGUGGCCAACGGCAGCGUCAAGCAUGAGCCGAUGGACCAGGAUCGGCCUUCGCCGCGCCAGGAGACGUCCUACCGGUCAAAUGAUCGUGACGAGAGCACUGAGCGGCGAGUCAAGAGGGAAAGUCGGGGUCGGGACCGGCCCAGAGAAGACGGGGACCGCAGUCGGUCACAGACGCCGCGCUCGGACAGCACGCCCGUCUCGGGCCGGGAGCGGAAACACGACACGGAGGAGCGACGGGAGCGGAAGGCCGCCAAACGCAGUCCGCCAGACGACGAAAUGGAGAGCAAGAAGAUAUCGCACCGGGUGGAGCGGGAGUCUGACGAGAUCCGUGUGGUGGAGGACGAGUACUUUGAGAAGCCGCGCCGUCCGCCGGCCUCCUCGUCCCGCUCCGCCUCCGAGGCCUCUGACGUCGACAGAGAUGCCAAGCGGCGCCGAGUGGAAACUAAGAGGUCCGCCGAAAAGGCUCCCGAAAAGGACGAGGAGAAGAAAAAGAAGAGGAAGAAGGCCGACAAAGGGUUGGAGGAAGGAGAGAUCAGAAACAAGCGGGAAGAAAAGAAAGAUAGGAAGCGGGCGACCGCUAGCGACAGAGACGUCUCUCCAGUCGACCUGAAGCGCAAGCUCAAAGAAGAGGAGAAAGCCGCCAAGCGGCGCUCGGAGGGCGAGGUCGAGUACAGAGAGGUCAAGGAGAAAAGACGAACACGGCGUGAGGAGGAGGUGGAGUACUAUGACGAGCCUCUGCCUCGGUACGCCGCUGACGACUACGACUGGGAACGAGAGCGACCCGUCAAGGACAAACAUAGGGGCCGUCUGGACACAAAGCGACGCUGAUGCUGAUCCAGCUGCCAUCGAUGCCUGUAUUUCGUGGCGGCGGCGAAGCUGGCGCAAUUGGGACAGAUCCUGCGCAGGUGCGGUAGGCGUGGGCUGACCGACCGAGGACUGCCGAGGCGCAUUGCUAGCUGUUCCUGCCCACCCGGCGAAUGCCAUGGAAGUGAAUUAGACGAUACCGGGCCUUGGAAUGACCUGGCAGUGACUGAGUGGUCGCACUAAACCUGACUGCGGCCGGCGGACCGGCGGACCGAGUCAGAUGGUGGUAGCCCAUGUGGUAGAACUUUGACUGAGGACUGGCGCCUGGGGUGGCCUGCUGGUCAGGCCUGUAAUCGGAUGUACUGGACGGCGGUGGUAUGGCCGACGUGACGAUAGAGAGCUGACGGCGGACACCACAAACCAAUGCACGCUGAGCUGUGGAGAGCGCCGCUGAACAUCGUGUUAAUAAUGCAGUUCAUUGUGAAUAUACCGGGACAUGUGA